UUGUAUCUGUUCUGUCUGAGAAAAGCCUCAGCACACAGUCAUUUGACUAUAUUUAAAGCAAGGAAGUUCCUCUCUCACUCCGAAACUGCUGUUUUGCUCGCACUAAGCCUAGGAGGUUUGGCAAACACUUUUUUUCUUAAGCCUGCUUUCUUGCAGACUGUUCGUCUCAGCUUUGCUGUCCUCUUUCGCUUUUGAUAGAGGGAGGAUAUCAGAAGAUCACCCAUGCAAUGAAUACACCCAACUCUGUAAUGGCUGGUUAUUUUUACCUUCUGGUUUUCAUAGUGCCUGUCUGCAUUAGCCGUGAAGCAUCCCGCACUGUAGAUACGGUGUGCGCUGAGAUUAUAGUCAAUAAAAGCUAUAGCUGUGAAGGUUUAGGUCUGACGGAAAUUCCUGAAAAGCUACCUGUCACAACAGAACUCCUCGACUUCAGCUUCAACUUGCUUCCUUCCCUUCGGAAGUCAACCUUCUCAAAGCUGAAGAGUCUGCUCUCCUUGGAUUUAACAAGGUGUCAGAUCAACUGGGUGUAUGAAGGUGCCUUUCACAACAACAAUCACCUGCACACAAUUGUGCUGACUGGAAACCUGCUCCUGUUUCUGUCUGACACAGCAUUUGUUGGCCCUCAGUCCCUGAAGCAACUUGUCUUAACGCAGACAGGAAUAAGCAGGCUGUCCUUUAUUCCCAUGACGAACCUAGACAACUUGGAUACACUCAUCUUGGGCAGCAACCACCUCUCCUCAUUGCAGCUCCCUCCCAACUUUCCAACUCAAAACCUCAAAUACCUUGAUUUCCAAAUGAACAACAUAGGAACAAUCACAGUGGAAGAUGUCAGCAUUCUGCAGAAGACCAGUAACAUAACUGUCAUCUUUAAAGGCAAUGACAUUUUGUACAUUGAACCCGGAGCUUUCCAGUCCAGUUUCUACAGUUUGGACUUUGGGGCCUGCAGCAACAUCCCCGGGAUCUUGGCAGGGAUGCAGAACUCCUCAGUCCACACGCUUUGGUUGGGAACAUUUGAUGACGUGAGAAAGGAGACCUACAUAAGCCCUGGCGUAUUACGAGGCCUCUGUAAUAUCACUGUAAAGGAUCUCUAUCUGCCGCUACGGCACUUCAAAAACCUAAAUGCUGCCACAUUUCACUGUAUGACCAAGCUCCGGAAGCUGGACCUGACUCACACCCACAUCAGUGCGCUGCCCCCUGGCAUCAGUGGUAUGAAGGUGCUAACAGAGCUAAUUCUCAAUGGGAACAACUUUGAGCACCUCUGCAACACCAGCGCAGCUGCCUUCCCCUCCCUUACCCACCUCCAGGUCAGAGGAAACUCGCAGACCCUGCAGCUGGGCUCUGGCUGUUUGCAGAAACUGGCAAAGCUUCAACAUCUAGAUUUAAGCCAUAGCCACAUUGAAAGCUCUGACUGCUGCAAUGAAGCACUAAAUGGUUUGAGCAGUCUUCGGUACCUGAACCUGAGCUACAACACCAAACUUCAUGUCCACGAUGUGCUCUUUAAGGAAGGUACUAACUUGGAGCUGCUGGACAUCGCUUUCACUCAGCUUCACAUCAGCACUUCACAGGGGCCUUUUCGAAAUCUGCAUCUCUUGCAAGUCCUGAAUCUGUCCUCCUCCCAGGUCAAUACUAGCACUCAGCAUCUCUUUCAAGGCCUGGAAAACCUCAUACUCUUGGACCUUAGUCAGAAUAUCUUUGAGUCAGGGAUCAUGCCAAAGAACAAACUGCUUCAACAGCUAUCCAAUUUAGAGGUGCUAAUUUUAGCAUCCUGUGAAUUGACAGCAUUAGAUGACCAAGCAUUUCACAUCCUCAAGAAGUUAAGGCACGUUGAUCUGAGCCACAACAAGCUUAUUGCGUUCAGCACAGAUGCAUUUUCAAAUCUUAAGAGCAUCUAUCUCAAUUUUGCCCACAAUAGGGUUCAGAUUAUACCACGUGACAAGCUAGUGUCCCUAACUGGCUACAGUAUAAUCAAUUUAAGUUACAAUCCUUUGGAAUGCACCUGCUCCAAUAUUGGCUUAAUCACUUGGUACAAGCAGAAUCUGGAUAAAAUUGAAGACGCUGAAGAAACAACAUGUUCUGAACCCAAAUCAUUAGCUGGUGCUCAGCUGUCUACUGUUACUCUCCACUGUGGGAUCAGCACUACAGCAAUCAUUGCAGUUGUCCUGAUUAUUUUAUCAUGUAUUGUCAUCAUCUGGAGCGUUCGCUGUUUCAGGCAAAGAUACCAGCGAAUCUAAGUUUACGAUAGAUAUACAACGUAAAGAAAACGUGCACAGCAAUUGGAUUAGGAUGAAAAACAACCUACUGUUUUUGUUCCUGCUCGGUAUUUCCUUUAACUUUUGUAAUACUUUUUUCCAUUUCCGUAAUUUUAGCAAAACAAAAAUUCCUCAUUUUAUGAGGUCUUGAAAACUAAA